ACUACACGUGGCAGCCAAGACAUCAUCUGCUGCAGGUUGAAAGCGUGAGUGAGACGGUGUGGUUUAAGUUGACAUCAUGGCGGUCUGGCUCUGCAUCUUGCUUACAGCACUAUUACCUUCGCUUGAAGCUGCGAUCAUUGAGCGUGCUUUGGCGAGUGACAGUCAGGAUAUCCCGUUUUGGAACAAAUCCCUCCUAUGCAACUAUCAUGACUGCUUCAGCAAACUAAAGACGUGGCCUGAGGUGCCGUAUUACCUGAUCAAGGACGGGCAGUUCCGUGUCGACUGGUCGACAAAAUACAUUCGCAUUUCUCUCAUCUACAACAAGAACGCCUUCGUGAAGGUAUUCAAGAAAAAUCGGCAGGCAGUAGAGAACCAUGCUUUGGAGCUGGUUUCUAUGUUAGACAAGGCGUACAGGACAAUCAACUUUCGGGUACUUCUGAGUGAUGUGGAGAUCCUUGAAGACUUGUGGCCCGGAGAGACGGAAAAUCCACACCUGUAUAAUUACCUGAAGCCGAAAGUCAGACAGUACAUCUGGAACAAGCUGCAAUCUUCAGCAAAGAAGUUUGACACCGCAGCGUUCAUCACGGGGCCGCCAUAUUACCAAGGAUCUCGUGCAAUAGGCCAUGCAAUGGGGGACCUGUGUGAGAUGUUCAACGUGAACGACUAUCCCCACAUGAUCAUUGGAUACAACAAACUUUUGAGUGGCAGACCCGCAGACCUGCUGGGCAUCAUGACGCAUGAGAUGGGACAUCAGUUCCACAUGGGACAUCCGUCUGACCCUCUGGAGGGUGGAGAAGACCCAUGUCCUACAAUGAAGCUGUUUGGAUCAUCCUGCACCAUGAAAAGCAAUGGAUAUCCCAAAUCGUUCGGAUACGAUUUUUUCCACAAGAUCAGAACACGUGACUUGACUUGUCUUGACCGGAAACCAGCCCAGAGCGAUGUGUUUAAAUGCGGAAACGGGAUUCUCGACAACGGAGAGGAAUGUGACUGUGGAUCCAGUCAGACCUGCCUACUACAUAACCCGUGCUGUGAUGGCCAGAUAUGUAAGCUGAAGAGAGGCGCCCAGUGCGCCGAUGGACAGAAGUGCUGCAGCAACUGCAAGAUGAACAUGGAAAGCUGUCCUGUCGAUGUAUCCAGCUCAGCGAAACGAUCCCGCUUGUGGGUCCCGUUCGAAUACAGUUCGACCUACAAAGAAAUCACCUCGCCACCCUCUGGCUUGGUAGAAGCGAUUCCGUUUGGAAUAUUUACACCCAAGAACGAGGUUUUCAGCUGGCUGCUGCGAGCUCCGGUUGGUAAGAAGAUCAGACUGACCCUGACGGUGCCACAAAUGGAAACGGAGUCAGACCUGGCUUUCGAGGUUUGGGUCGGAUGUCCUUACGAUUGGAUAGAAGUGCGAGACGGCGCGAAAGAGACGUCACCACUCAUUGGGCGUUACUGUACUCCAUUACGGAACCCCAUCAUGUCGUCAUCACACGAGGUUUUGGUAAGGCUGCGCAGUGACAGUUCGCACGACAGCCACUUUGUUAUCGGCUACGAGUUUGACCCACAAGAAAAAGUUUCAGAAUGUCAAACAGGAAACGGUGCAUCGUAUCGAGGAACUUGGUCCGUUACGAACUCGGCCCGACUGUGUCAGGCGUGGGGCAGCCAGACUCCGCACAGACAUGCCAACACCCCUGCGCGGAAACCUGGCAACGGGCUGGACAAAAACUACUGCCGCAACCCCGAUGGAGAAAGCUCAGUCUGGUGCUACACCACCGACCCGGGCAGGCGCUGGGAGCUCUGCCCCGUCCGCAAAUGCGAAGCUGUGAUGCUCAACGUUGGCCCGGAAGUGCAAGACAUCAUCAAGGACGCAGGUGAGUGCUAUACCGGAAAAGGAGAGACCUACCGUGGUACAACAUCUCUGACCUGGACAGGGCAUACCUGCCAAAAGUGGAGCUCCCAAAAACCCUAUACGCACAAGUUCACCCCAGAGGCCUACCCUAACUCCGACCUGACCAACAACUAUUGCAGAAACCCUAACCCGGCCCACGACCACGCCCCGUGGUGCUACACUACUUCACCAAAGAAGAGAUGGGCGUUCUGCGCCAUACCAAAAUGUCUCAACAGCAAAUGAAUUUGAUAACCUCCUCCGGAGGCAUUCAUCUUGGUGUGUAGACGUGUGUGUUUAUGAAUAAGAAGAACUUUAUUGCACGACAAUUGAAUAUGAUACAAUGUAUGGCAACAACUAUUACACAAAGUGCAAAAUAGAGGUGUAGGAUAAAGCUUUACAACCUAGUAAACAUAACAAUAAGGGCCAACAUAAUUCUUCGAUAUAGUAUUGCAAUGGAGUAGACUAAACAUAAGUUUCGGUAUUCUUUCUAAAAGCAGAGCAAUCCUUGAUAUAUUUGCCUAUUUUUGCAUCAUGAGA